AUGGUGAAAGACGACGAACUUUUCCUAAUAAAUUUGCCGGAUAAGGAAGCAUUAUGCCUAAUUUGCAACAAAAAGUUGACUGAUUUGCGACGUAAUAGCUACAUUCGGCAUUAUAAAGCUUUGCAUAGAAGUUUUCUUGUUCAACGUGGACUUCUUGAAGAUGACGAACUGCCAGGGCCAUCUCGGAAAAUUCCGAAGAUAGAGGUGAGAACUAGCCAAAAAAUAUACACUUCGUCGCUUAUCGAACUAGUCACCGUACACGGAUUGCCGUUGAACGUCCUUAAAUACCCGGCAUUUCAAGCACUUACACGACCGAUAGAGGAAGGACUUAAUAUGAAGCACAUCAGUCCCGAAAAUAUGAAAGGUUUGCUAAAGAACAUUGCUAGGCAAAUAAAGCACAUUAUUGCGGUCGAAACAGCUGGUCGUAUGAUUUGUUUGAAAACAGAUGCUGCCAGUAGACAUGUCGGGAUUUUCUCGGAAUUAAUAUCCAGUUUGUGGACAAAGCAGUAAUUAAAGUGCAAACACUUGGAAUUUUAGAAUUAUA